CACCGGGCAGUGCGGUAGGUUUCUGGGGUAGAGAGGUGGCGAGUGCAGCGGGACCGGAGAGCGUCUUGUGGAGGCGGACCUUGUUCAACCUCCAUCCCUGUAUCAGCUGGAGCUUUAAAGGAGGUGGUGGUGGUGGUGGGGGGCAGGAGCGUCUGUUCGGACAAAGAAGGAGUUUGUACGUUUCUUUUUCCUUCUUUCUGUUUUUUUUAAAAACCAGGGUUUACUGUUUUACUUCACACUAAAGGGAUUCGCUUCGGAGCCCCAGGUUUCCCCACCUACCUACCACCCCUGCAGCGCUUGUUUGCACUGGGGUUUACACCGGGGGAGGUUAUAAGGCACCAGGGGAGCAGUGCACGUCCAAAACCUGCGCUGCAGCAUCAGUAACACCUAGAGCACCGUGCAGCAGCAGCAAGCAGCAGCAAGCAAGCAGCAAGCAUGCAGUGAGAGGAAAUCCUUUCAGAUGCUUUCCCACCUCAGACAGUGAGAGCAAAAAGGGGGUCGGAGGGGAGGAGGAUAUAUGGGAGAUUUGUUGGAUAUUCAUCACUCCUUCGUUGCAAAAACUUGUGUCCGGGAUGGGGAAGGAGCAGGAGCUGCUGGAAGCCGCCCGGACCGGGAAUGUCGCCGUUGUGGAGAAAUUAUUGAGUGGGAAGAAGGGGAUACUGGGGUCAGGCUCCGGCUCCAUCCCUCUGCCCAACCUACUGAGCAUGUGGAAGGGCCUGAAUGUCAACUGCACAGACAGCACAGGAUACACGCCUUUACAUCAUGCUUCACUAAAUGGACACAGGGAAGUGGUACUAAAGCUGUUGCAGUUUGAGGCGUCCACAAACAUCGCUGACAGCAAGGGUUGCUUCCCGCUGCACCUGGCCGCCUGGCGGGGAGAUGUGGACAUCGUCCGCAUCCUCAUGCACCACGGACCCUCUCACUGCCGUGUAAACCAACAGAACCAUGAGAGGGAAACAGCCCUUCACUGUGCAGCCCAGUAUGGACACACUGAAGUGGUCUCAGAGCUGCUUCAGGAGCUGACCGACCCCACCAUGAGAAACAGCCAACAGGAGACGCCCCUGGACCUGGCAGCACUGUACGGACGGCUGCAGGUGGUGCGCAUGUUGGUGAGCGCUCACCCUAACCUCAUGACCAGCCACACUCGCAAACACACUCCGCUUCACCUGGCUGCACGCAACGGACACCACAGCACCGUCCAGACCCUGCUCGAGGCCGGCAUGGACGUCAACUGUGUGACCGAAAAUGGCAGUGCCCUCCAUGAGGCAGCUCUCUUUGGGAAGAUGGAUGUAGUUCGCCUUCUGCUUCACUCAGGGAUUGAAACCAAUCUGAGAGACAGUCAGGGGAGAACAGCUCUGGAGAUCCUGAGAGAACAUCCUGCACCGAAAUCCCAGCAGAUCACUGCUCUUAUCCAAGAAUAUAUGAUGGACGAGAUUGAGAGGAGAAGCAUUGUGGAGGAGCCUGUUCGCAAGUGUCCCAUCCCUGCACCUCGAACUUCUGUCCCCUCGCCCUCUGCCUCCCCCUCCCUCAGACACAAGAACGAUGCUGUGACAAGUGAGCUGUCCAAACUGCUCCAUGAGAUCAAAAAGUGCCGAGACAGGGACUACUCCUUCGAGGAGCUCUGCCACACCAUCUCCUCCCACUCCAUGGAUAGCUUUGGCAGUGGGCGGCUCUCUGAUGAGGAGCGCCCGGAUCGACCCAACGGCACUCUGACUCGAGUCAGCAAGCGGCCGACCCCUCCUCUCCCUCCGGCCCUGGAGGAGGAUGAGGCAGAAAAGGGCUGUGGCCCCACUGGAUUCUGGGAGGCCUUGACACCCUGCAACGGCUGCCGCAAUCUGGGCUUUUCCAGCUUGUCACAGAAUUCAAAGCAUUCAGCAGAGAUUGUCACCUCGCCGUCUCUGGAUGUUUUCCUGCCAGAGGACGAGGACAACCCGUACGAGUCCGUGACCACAGCCGUCACACGCAAACCUUGCUCACUCGAUAUCAACCACCGGCUCAACGCCUGUCCACGCAAUGGUCACCUGUCCCAUGUAGCGGUGAGUGAGGGGGAGUACAGUAACCAUGGCAACUGCUCAACGGGCCCAACUCCAGACUGCUCUCCCCCCUCCCCCGACACGGCCCUGAAGAACAUUGAGAGAGUCAUCCGCCCACAGCCCAAACAGCGCACCUCUCUGUCUUCGUCCCUUGACGUCCAGAGGCCGGUUAACCACAGCUGUGAGCCCAGCGAGGUGAGCUCAUCCCUGGGCUACGCCAGCUUCAGCACCAGCCCCCCUGCCAGCCCUCCACUCAGCCCCAACCAGGAGGACUCUGCAGGCUCCAACGACGACUGUCCGCUCACAGACGACGGGCGAGACCCACCUGCUCCUCCUCCUCCCUGCUCUUCCUCUUCCACAUCCAAUACUCUAUUGGAGGAGCGUAGGAAGAGCCACAUCCCAGAGGAGUUUGCGGGCCUCCUUCAUGGUUCUUCCCCGGCUUGUGAAACCCCUGAUACACCUUACCAUCUUUACAACCCCAAACCUCGCACAUAUGCCCCUACAGAAGUCCAGAGCAGCCUGUUGCAGACCCCUGAGUUCAGCAUCGUGAUUGGAGGAGGACCCACUCAAGUCUUCCCCAGGACAGGAAGCGAGUCGUCUCCUCAGUCAACCGCCAACGACCCCCAGAAGCCACAAGUGGUGUACCGGACUAUCUUCCAUACUAGGGUCAACCAGGACCAGGCCCGACCCAGGAAUUGCGAGCAGGUUGAUCAACCUCGUGGCUGGUCUACACUGGACCGCCCACCCUCCUUCUACUCUGGUCAUAACGGGGAAGUUCCAGAGUUACGGGGGAUCCACACAGGAGGUGUUUCCAAGGGCAGUGCAUCAGGUGCUGGCUACGAAGAGCGGGCUUGCACCCUGGGGAGGAUGAGGUCCAUGCCCCGCAGUGUGUUGGACCUGCAGCUGUCCAAGUCUCUGUCCAAGUCUGAUUCCAACCUGGUAGCUGUGUCUCCCAUACAGGAGGAGCACGGCUGGGGGUCUGGAUCUCGUGGCCAAGGACCUGGAAGUCCCAACCCAGGAGAGGGUGCUAGCCCAGGCGGGAGGCUGGAGAGAACACCCUCCUUCACUGCUGAGUGGGAAGAGAUCGACAAGAUUAUGAGCUCCAUUGGGGCAGGAAUAGGCAGUGGAUUGGACAUCAAGGAGGACACCUCAGGUCCCCGCUGCCCGCUGCAGUCCGUGGGCCAGUGGCUCGACUCCAUCGGCCUGGUCCAGUACGAGAACCACCUGCUGGCCAAUGGAUUUGACAACGUCCAGUUUAUGGGCAGCAAUGUGGUGGAAGACCAGGACCUGCUGGAGAUUGGGAUCCUCAACUCGGCCCACAGACAACGCCUCCUGCAGGCCAUCCGGCUGCUGCCCAGGGUGCGACCCAUCGGUUAUGAUGGCAACAACCCCACAUCGGUGGCAGAGUGGCUGGAGUCGUUGGAGCUCGGCGACUACACCAAGUCCUUCCUCAUCAACGGUUACACCUCCAUGGAGCUGGUCAAGAAGAUCUGGGAGAUUGAGCUCAUCAAUGUAUUGAAGAUCAGUCUCAUCGGACACAGAAAACGGAUCUUGGCCUCAUUGGGGGACCGGCUACACGAAGACACCCCACAAAAACCUCCGCGGGCCAUCUCCCUAAGGGAGCCCGGCGGAAACCACACUCCUCCCCAGCUCAGCCCGUCGGUGGGCCAGGCAGCGUACGCCGCGGGGGUCCCGGGUGGAUCUCUGGACGUGCAGCACCUCAUCAUGCAGGCGGACGCCCGGCGCAGGCAGCGCAGCAAUGACAACUACUUUGAGGACGUGCCGCGAUCCAAGCUGGAGCGACAGAUGGCCCAAGUCAGCAUGGCAGGCGAGUGGUGCGAGCCGAUCACGUUGCGUCCGCCGAACGAGGCCACCUCGUCCACUCCAGUGCAGUACUGGCAGCAUCACCCCGAGAAGCUCAUCUUUCAAUCCUGUGACUAUGAAGCCUACUACCUGGGCUCCAUGCUGGUGAAGGAGCUGAGAGGGACGGAGUCCACACAAGACGCUUGUGCCAAAAUGAGGAAGUCGACAGAACAGAUGAAGAAGGUGCCGACUAUCGUACUCUCCGUGUCCUACAAAGGAGUGAAGUUCAUAGACGCCACAAAUAAGAACAUCAUAGCAGAACAUGAGAUUCGUAACAUCUCGUGUGCGGCUCAGGAUCCAGAGGAUCUGUCUACAUUUGCCUACAUCACCAAAGACCUCAAGUCCAGUCACCACUACUGCCAUGUCUUCACUGCUUUUGAUGUGAACCUGGCGUAUGAGAUCAUCCUGACACUCGGCCAGGCCUUCGAGGUGGCCUACCAGCUGGCCCUGCAGGCCAGGAAGAGCGGCCACGGAUCGUCCACACUGCCGGAGAGCUUUGACAGCAAGCCCAGCAAACCUGUCCCCAAACCUCGCGUCAACAUCCGCAAAUCUGUCAUCAUGCCCCCCUCCAGCCGCUGGUCACUGGGCCACAUUUACACCCCUCACCGGCCUCCUCUCCACCCUCCUCUUCCUCCCCCUCGACUCUUCCAUCUUCCUCACAAAGCUCAGUCACAGGUCCUCCACGCUUUUCCUUCUCUUAUCCUUUAUUUCCACAUGAUUUUGCUUUUAGUCGAGGAGACAGCGCCGUCUGUAAGUGCUUCCAUUUUAUCCUGUCGCUCUGCAUCCUUGUGUGUUCUCUUUGCAGUGACUGUUUAUGUGUCUCAUUCUUCGGUUACUACCUUUAUCUCCAUAUCAACAGUUAGUAGCAUUGCUAUAAAAACAGGCAGAUGUGACACUUCAGCCACUCCUGCAAAGCCGACCCAUUUCAUUUCUUUACAGCUAAUACAGCGAGCCGAAUGCAGCCCUCGACUUUAGUGCCUCAGUUUUUAUAUGCCCUACUGCACCAAUUCAACCGCUGGAUGGGGGAUACACUGCCUCCUUAAAGAUGCACAUUUGAGAUGGUAAAUGUAUAAAUAAAAAGUGUUUAAAGCAAUAACCACUACUUUAAAAUCAGUUUACAAAAACACUUCAGCCUGUUAAAACCUACACUGAAUGCUUUGAAUGAGCUUUUACACUUUUACAGCGAUUUCCCUUCUGAUCCACACUGCUUUUCUCCUCCUCAUCCACAUUGAAUUUUUAAAGGAUCAUCAAAAGACGACUGCACUAUCAAGAGCGUACACAGUGUGUCAAAAAAUGAUUGAGUGUAAUAGACUGCCAUUGCAUGUUUUGCAUCGGCUUGGAUAACCGAGGUUGCUGCCCUUUGAAGGUCUGCAGAGCCAAAUCACACUCUGGAUGUCCCUGCAGCAUUACUUCAUGUUCUUACGGUCCGACCCUUCUGCAGAAAAAAAAAAAAAACAAACAAAAAAAAAGGGGGUGUUGAUCUAAAACUUAUUUUGAAGGCAGACAUAGUUCAGUCCGUGGCUUCAUGUGUGGUGGAUGAAUUUGAGGCUGAUCCCGGUGAUGCUCUGAAUGAGUUCUUCACUAAGCAUGAUGGUGUUGUGCUGCUGUGAGUUUGAAAGUGUGUUUGUCCUUAAUCCUGUAACCCCAUAACAAGAUUAUAAGGUCUUGCUGUGGUUGUGUGAGAGGGAGAGGAUAGAGAACUGGAUUAAUAUUGUAGUUAGUUUCUGUAUUGUUGCUGUAGCAGUGUGUUCAGACAAGAUAAGAGAAACAUGGCUCUGUUAGUGUACUGCAGAACUCUGAUAUUAACCCUGUUUACUCCAGAAGUACAUCUUUAAUGCUUGUUAUUAUUUAUAUUUAGUUGCAUUUAAUAUUUGUAUUCAUGUAUAUAAUUAGCAUAAGACAGACUACAAAGACAAAUUUAGUCUUCUACUGUCAAAACUGCAGCUCUUACAGUCACAUUGCCCCUCCCCCCAAAAUCAUGUGAAAUUAAACCAAUAGAUUGGAGGAAAAACACCCUCAGCAACAAAACCCAGCUUCUUGAUUGGUUGCCGUGGGGUUAUUUUUGAAAGCAUUGUAGAUUGUUUGGUUUGUUUCUCAGCUUUGAAGCCACAAUAAGCUUCGCAGUGGCAGUAGCAGAGGAGAGUCAACAGCCCUUUGACAACUGAAAUUGUUAGGAUGUACAGGAAGUGCACUGCUGCAAAUACAGCACAUGGUAAUAGUAGAGGACUGGCAGGAUGCACAGAUAUGGGUUUCUUUAUGUCAGACUGUGAGCUUCUGUCCAUGAUCAUCUGUAAUCUGUAUCCCAUCUCCCUCUCAGUUAUUAUUUUACAUUACAUUACUUCGUAUGCAGCACAUGCUCCACCUCACUUAUUCUACCGUCUAACUCUGUUUUCACUGACUUUAUUGGCAUGAAGUUGUAUGAGAAAAUUUCCUCUACAGCGUGUAAAAUGUCGAUUCUCAACAGAAACCGUUUGCAUUCAAAACGUGUCGUGAUGAAUUGUUUGGUUUGAAAACAUGAAUCCUAAAGUACAAAAUCAAUACAGUAAUGUGAAGUGUUUUCAAAACUGAGAAUAUGCAGGUCAUUGAAAAUAAUUUGGCUCUUGUUCCUACUUCUCUUUCU